AUGAAGACUAUCUCUGUGUUGGUCUUCUUCUUCCUCCUCCUUCUCGUGGCAGAAGCCAGGAGCAAGAACAAGACAGGUUGCGACCAGUUCACAUGCGGGAGCCUCGACUUCAAGUUCCCUUUCUUUAGCACAGACAUGCCUUCUCGAUGCGGUCUGUUCAAGCUGAAUUGCAGCAACGAGAUUGCAGAGAUACAGCUCGAGGAAAAGGGGCAGUGGUAUAAACUCAAGAGCGUCUCGCAAGCCAACACCAUAACCAUCACCGACACAAGGCUUAACCAAAGCUUGGAAACAGGAAACUGCAGCGACUUGUCAAUCUUCUCUCUUCCAAAUUCUCCAUGGCUCAACUUGAGCACUUUGUACAAAUGCAACAACAACAACAGUAGGAAAAAUGGUUUCAGUUUUGCAAAUUGUGGAGGAGGAAACAGCUCGUACUAUUCCGAUUUGAGAGAUGUAUCAGGGUGUACAACUAUCAACACUCCAAAGAGCUGGUUAAAUCCAAGAACCAAGAACCUGUCUAAUGUAAGUGCUACCUUCUAUGUUCAUAUAAAGCUGCCUGGAGACUGCUAUCGCUGCCAUAGACGAGGAGGAGAAUGUAAGAUGAUUAAGAACAAGUAUCACUGCGUUGGAGGAACCAAAGAACCAAAUUACAACCACGAGAAGAUAAAGCUAGGAUUAGGAAUCGGAGGAUCUGUCAUCUUGAUAAUCAUCUGUGUAGCACUCUUUAUCAUCAUCCACAGGAUUUGCAGGAAGAAAACUGAUUCAGACCUCCUCUCCAGAGGCAACUCGAAAUCUGACGUCGAGUUUAGUCAUGUCUUCUUCAAGAUACCAAUCUUCUCCUAUAAAGAACUUCAAGAAGCAACAGACAACUUCAGCAAAGACAGAUUACUCGGAGAUGGAGGCUUUGGCACUGUCUACUACGGGAAAGUGCGUGACGGGAGAGAAGUUGCAGUGAAGCGUCUCUACGAGCACAACUACAGAAGACUUGAGCAGUUCAUGAACGAGAUAGAGAUCCUCACACGUCUCCACCACAAGAACCUAGUCUCUCUCUACGGAUGCACUUCACGCAGAAGCAGAGAGCUUCUCCUCGUCUACGAGUUUGUUCCAAACGGCACAGUAGCAGAUCAUCUCUACGGCGAAGGACCAACAAACCAAGGCUUCUUAACAUGGUCCAUGCGCAUGAGCAUCGCCAUAGAAACCGCGAGUGCCUUGGCUUACCUUCACGCUUCAGAUAUCAUUCACCGCGACGUCAAGACUACAAACAUUCUCCUCGACGGGAACUUCGGUGUCAAAGUCGCUGACUUCGGUUUGUCGAGGCUGCUCCCGAGCGAUGUAACACAUGUUUCAACCGCUCCUCAGGGCACUCCCGGAUACGUGGAUCCUGAGUAUCACCGGUGCUAUCAUCUAACCGAUAAGAGCGACGUGUACAGCUUUGGAGUGGUUCUUGCGGAGCUGAUAUCUUCCAAGCCUGCUGUUGACAUAACCAGGUGCAAGAGUGAGAUCAAUCUAUCAAGCUUAGCUAUAAACAAGAUACAGAGCCACGCGACACACGAGCUCAUUGACCAGAGUCUUGGAUACGGAACGGACGAAGGAGUUAGGAAAAUGACUACGUUGGUGGCGGAGUUGGCUUUCCAGUGCUUGCAGCAAGACAGUACGAUGAGACCGACGAUGGAACAAGUCGUGGAAGAGCUAAAGGCAUUCAAGAACGAGGAGCAGAGAUGCGAAUACUACAAUGACAAAGAGGAGGAGAUGAUUACUACGCACCCUUCGCCACCGGAGUGGGGUGAAGCUUCACUGAUAAAUAAUAUGAAAUUCCCUCAGUCACCGGUCUCUGUGACUGCCCAGUGGCCUAGUAAAUCAACCACACCGAAUACUAGUGCCUGUGACUACACAGUGACAUAA